AUGACAUCACUUAUACGAGGCGUUUUCAUAGUGGGGGCCAAACGGACCCCAUUUGGCGCAUACGGCGGUGCCUUACGGGACGUGUCGGCCAUAGACUUGGGAAUAGUGGCCUCAAAGGCCGCACUACAGGCCGCCAACGUUAAGCCCGAACUCGUGGACUCCGUUACCGCCGGUUGUGUCACUCAAGUGUCGUCCAAUGAGGGACCGAUGAUCGCCCGAUCGGUUGGCCUCAAGUCAGGCGUUCCCCUACCGGUGCCCUGUCUUACU